CUUGCUGAAAAAUUGAACGCAAUGAGGUUGGAGUUCCUCGUCGUCGCGUAUCGAUCGAUCGACGCUUCCACGCAACCACGCGGUCGCUACACCGACUAUUCGCACACCUGGCGUACGUAGUAACGCUGUUGCGAUUCCACCUACGCGACCGCCGACGAAUUAGCACGAUAUUUAUACUCGCGUCGUAAAGUGAUUUUAAUGAAGACCGCAACGAGGACAGAAUUAUUUUCUUCAGCGAAUUAAUAUUUGCCUUGAAGGUGAUCCGCAGCCGAGGGGAAGCCAUGGCUAAGCCCGGCGAGUCUAGGAGAAUCAGCAAAUUGACGAGAUCGCGUAACGUGUCGUCGUUCUUCGAGGAAUCGACGGAGAGCGCGACGCCGCCGAAGACAACGUUGAGCGUCGUCGCGGAUGUUCACACCGAGGCGGAGAAUCCUAACCGACAGCGACGACGACGGGGCAGCGACGAGAACAAUCAUUCAGGUGAUAAGGAAACCAGGCGAUCGUCCGAGAUCUCCAAAGCCUCCUCGCGAGCGAGCGAGGCGUCGCGGGAUCGCUCUUCCGGUCGCGGCACCAGGAACUCUUCGAGGGAUCGCUCCAGGCACUCGCACGAUGACUUGACAGUGGAGUCGUUGGAUUUGAUAGAGGAAUUUACGACGAGCAAGAAGAUGGAGUCUCCUGAGGAGAAACCGCGCCGCCGGAAACAGUGGAGCACCGUUGCGAGCUUGGCGAACGAGGUGGAAGCGGAUGCGAAGAGGCUGCCGCGGAAGCGCUGGUUGAAGGACGCCGGCAUUAUUCGAUUACCCGAGACGAAGGACGCGUCUCCGUUGAUCGACGCCCCGCGUCGACUUCCGGUCCCGGCACCGCGAUCCAGCGUACGACAGAGCGUUGCCGCCUCCUUUCACUUUGACAAUCCGGCGUUCGUGUCCGAAAAUGAGGACGAGGUGCUCAGGAUCGAGACUGAUCACAAUCGGGAAAGCACGAGGAUCGAGAUGAGGAGGCUGAGCGAUCGUUCGAGCGGAUCCAGCGGCUUGUCGCGGAAGCAUCGGAAAGACGUGGCGGACAGCGACGAUCGGUCCUCGAGGACCAAGUCCUCGGCGAGUCGAAGGGACAGCGUUGAAGAGCAGGAAUUGUCGGGCACCUCGGCCAGCCUCGAGAGAAUCACCGACCUUCGCACGAGCUCGAUCGCCUCCGAGGCGCGUUCCGGGACAAGCGAGAGAAAAUCCCGACCGGAAGCGAGGCGGGACCGGUCGUCGAGGAAAGAGGAGCGAUUGUUUAAGAAGAAAGAGCCGCCGAGCGACGAGAUCGUGAGUUCGUCCGCGCGGAACGUGGAUUCCGCGACGAAAACCUCGACGGAAACGAGAGUCCGAAAGAAGAAGAAGCGGAAACGAAAGCAGGAGAAGGAGGAGGCAAAGGAAAAGGGGGAGAUGAAGUAUGUUUCCGUGACGGUUCAUCGGGCGGACGUGCUGGAGGCCGAUUACGUAAGCGCGAAGCGGCCGAUGGUGAGGGUGCACAUCGUGGAGGCUCGCACGGGUUCGUACUUGAAGACGAGCACAGCGAGCAAUCGGGAGAACGCGCAUCUCCAGCCGAUGAUCACCGGCAAAUUCGAUUUCAAAGAGAACAGAUCGAUGAUACCGGUCUGGGAGGAGGAGCUCAUCUUCGAGCACGACUUCGACGAGAUCGUCCGGCGUGAGGAUGGCGACCAAGUGGUGAUCCUCUUCGAAGUGAUAGACCUCCUAAGCUUCGCCGAAGCGAGUCUCAGCUACGACAGAGUCGGUAGCGAGGGCUGUUGGAACAAAAUCGCCUGGGCAUUUCUUAAGCCGAUAGGAAAUAACAACGUUCAGCACGUAGAUAAAAAAGUCCGCUUACAGUUAUACAAACCUAAGCGAAACUUUAAAAGAUACGGGAAACAUAAAUGUGAGGUAUACACCUGGUGGCAGUCGAACAACAGGGACAAGUACCCCAGCAGUCUCCUCGUGACGGUGACGUCGGUGCCGCCGCCGAAGUGCGAGCCCGUGCUUUAUCAGCAGCUGCCGCUGCACGAGAUCCUCGGCGACACUCGAAACGAUUCGCGGAUACCGUCGACGCGCACGUCGGACUCGAUCGGUCUGCCGAAAUGGGCGCGGAUGGCCGCCCAGUCCUGCAAGAUCCCGAACGAGAGGAUGUUCGAAACGGAGACGAGCGAGAACGGCUGCUUCUACGUGGCGUUCAGCAACGACGGCAAGUAUCUGGCCUGCGCCCAUUCCGAGGAGUACAAUUAUCCGAUUGUCGUUUACGAGGUCGAAUCCGGCAAGAUUCACGUUCGAUUUCUCGGCCACAAGACUUUCGUGUACUCACUAAGCUGGUCCAGCGACGAUCGUCACCUGUUGUCGGCAUCCGCGGAUCAAACGGCGCGCAUCUGGGAUGUUCGCGACCAGAUCAUCCAGCACAUCGAGAUGCUACCACACCCUUCGUACGUCUAUUGCGCCACGUAUGGGCCCGGCAAGACGACGAUCGUGGCGACUGGAUGCUACGAUCGCGUGGCUCGUAUCUGGGCGGGCGACAGGAAGUCGCGGAAGCGCGAGCUAAGUCAAGAGCUGGAGGGCCACGAGGGUUUCGUCAAUUCUAUGGUUUUCCAAAAGAACGGUAACUUAAUCACGGCCGAUAGCGUAGGGUCGAUAAUUCUCUGGACAGCUCGUAGGAACAGCAGGAUCGCGGCGCGGCGCGAGUGGCGCAGCGAGCGGAAGAUAAAGGUUCGCGAGAUCGAGGGCGUCGUUAUCAAUACUAUCGCUUUGCACCCGUUGGAGUCUCGACUCCUCGUGCACUCGCGCGACAACGGUCUGCGCAUGCUGGAUCUCGCAACCGGCGUGGUUCUGCAAAAGUAUCGACAACUGCACAAUCGAAGGAUACAAGCGAAGGCCUGUAUAUCGCCCUGCGGCGGAUUAAUCCUGUGCGGCGGCGAGGAUUCCACGCUAAAUAUUUGGAACCUAGAGACCGGCAAAUACGUAGCCAGAUACAGUGGUGGGAGGAGUUUGGCGAGAGUGGUGGUCGCUUGCGUAGAUUAUCAUCCCUACGACCACGUGUUGGCAUUCUCAACGUUCGGCAAUCCCUCGGCAGUCUCAGUCUUGAAGUUCAACAAGAACGUGAGCGACAACGACGUCGGACUGAAUCUCAUAGACGACGCGUCGCAAGCUCGCGGCAACGAAAUAAUCCUGAACGUUUUGGAGCAUCCUCCGUCGCGACAGAGCAAGUCCAGCGGCGGAAAGGCAGGGUCGAGCAGAAAAGCCUCUUCUUCGUCCAAUCGUCCCGCGGCAGAUCCCGCGAUACAAAUAGAAGACAACAAUCCCGCGCGCCCGUGGACGAAACUGCGUCGCCUGAAGGAGAUGGAGCGAAGCUGGGAGGAGAAAGGCCAGAGUCGGCUGUACCGUAUCAUCCGGAAGAUCGACUCGCUGCUGUCCAAGAAGUCCAUGUUCCCCGAGGACGUGAUAGGCGGCAAGUGGACGUCCAGCGCGAACGACGGCAAGAAUUCCUGGAUCGACUUGGAGAGCGGCGUGUCCAGCCCUGACGCUCGAGAUGUGUCCAGAAGCCAGGAUCCUUCGUCCGACUUCCACGAUUUGGCGGCUCUAUUCGAAACUGCCGCGCCUUCGCGCAAAAGUUCAUUAGAGAGUGCCGGCACGUACGUCAUCGAGAUGCCGGAAUUCGAAAACAAGAUCGCCGGAAUCAGAUCCGAAGACGUGGAGUCUGGUCAAACAUACGGCAGCAGCAGUUCGCACGUGAGCAAUACUACGUUCGUUAUUGAGAACGAGCGCACGUGACUGCACCCCCUCCACUCCCCCCCUUAACUGUAAUCUUGUAUUGUUCCAAAGAUUCUAUUUUUAUCUUAUUGUAUGACGAUAUUUAAACUGAAGAAAUAAAUAAAUAAACAAAUG